AAGAAAAAAACAAAUAAUGGUCAGGACAAGUAGCCAACAGCUCGACUAAACCAUAGAAAAUUUUUCGAGUUGGUCGAUGAUUACGAGAUGAUCUAUCGGCAUUCAGCUAAUCAUCCCCUCAGAAAGAGUCCAAAAUAUCUACUUUCAAUAUGUCCCUACCAUAAAACAACAUUGCAUUGAAAGAAUCGGCCCUGACAGUCAAUAUAAGGAUGCUGAAGAACAAGAAUCAAUCAUUUUCAGUUCUUGCAAUGGCCAGGCUCAGUUCUUGUAUUGGUUAUUUCUUUCUCUUUGUAAUACUCCGAUGUUUCAGGGCAUCUGCUAGUAGUCCAUCACAUAAGACUGCCGGUGCUGCCUUGUUCAUCUUUGGUGAUUCUACUGUUGAUGUUGGCAAUAAUAAUUACAUCACCACCACCCCUGAAAACAGAGCUGAUGUGAAGCCUUAUGGCCAGAAUGGCUUCUUUGAAGGCCCCACCGGACGCUUCUCCGAUGGCCGUGUCAUAGUUGAUUAUAUCGCUGACUAUGCAAACUUGCCACUAAUUCCUCCAUUUUUACAACCGUCUGCUGAUUACACAUAUGGUGCUAACUUUGCCUCCGCUGGCGGUGGUGUUCUCCCCGAUACCAAUAAAGGGUUGGUGAUAGAUCUUCCAACACAGCUAAAAAAUUUCGAAGAAGUGGAAAAAGCGUUAACAGAAAAGCUAGGAGAAGCACAGGCCAAAGAACUCAUAUCAGAAGCAGUUUACUUCAUCAGCAUAGGAAGCAAUGAUUACUUGGGUGGUUAUCUGGGUAAUCCAAAAAUGCAAGAAACUUAUAUCCCAGAAGUCUACGUUGGGAUGGUGAUUGGCAAUUUGACCAAUGCAAUACAGGCCUUGUAUGAGAAGGGAGCUAGAAAAUUUGCCUUUUUAAGCCUGUCCCCUUUAGGUUGUCUUCCAGUUUUGAGAGCACUGAAUCCCAAAGCCAGUGAAAGCGACUGCUUUGAGGCAGGUUCUUCUUUAGCAUUGGCACAUAACAAUGCUUUACGAGCAAUCCUCACAAGCCUUCAACAUAUAUUGAAAGAUUUAAAGUACUGCAACUCCAAUUUCUACAACUGGCUCGAUGACAGGAUAAAGAAUCCCUCCAAGUUUGGUUUCAAAGAUGGAGUGAAUGCUUGUUGUGGAAGCGGACCUUAUGGGGGACUCUUAACCUGCGGAGGCAACAAGAAAGCUACAGAAUUUCAGUUAUGCAAUAAUGCUGACGAGCAUGUUUGGUGGGAUUCUUUCCAUCCAACAGAGAGGAUCCAUGAACAAUUUGCAAAAGCUCUGUGGAAUGGACCCCCAUUUUCUGUAGGACCAUACAACCUCGAAACUCUCUUCUUCAACGUGGAAAAGCUAACCAUUGCUGAUAUAGUCGAUGCUCCUGAUGAACACCACUUCCAAUAAGGAGAGAGCUUAGGAAGGUCAUGCGUGUCCUGAAUAAGAGUGAUUUUACAGUACAACAUCGAUCUAAUAAGACCAUAUUUCGCGAAAUUAAUAAAAAAAAAAAAACAAAAA